AUGAAUAAAAUUGGUUCGUUUUAGAUUUCAAGUUUUUUUUUUCAGAAAAAAAACUUAUCACUCUCCCUUUCAGCAAUUUUUCUAUUGAUUUUCCCACUCGUUUGUUAUUGUCAAGUGAUUGUUGUUGGAAAUCUGGCAGUCGUCGCAAAUCCACAUUCGCAUAUCAGUCUUCCACAUCCGCGAACUUUGAAAGUUGAUAUUCCGAAUUUGUGGUGUGGUGCGCAGAAACUUCAAGAGCAUGUUGAUGUUGAGUAUGGUGAAUUCACUAAACUUGAAAAUGGAAAGGUUUCUGUGGGUGUUGAGAAUCAGGGCAAAAUUUACCUGGAAAUCGGCCAAAAUGUGUCGGUCAACGUUGUUGGAAGAUAUCGAUGUGAAGUGAGAACUCUUGACAAGGAGAUCCACAGUGGAAACUUGAUCAUUUAUUGUGAGUCCAUGAAAUCUGUAAUUUUUUCCUGUAAAGAAAUUUUUCAGUGCCACCAGUUUUGAAUUUCCCAUCUUUUUCGAAUGCCAAAGAACUACCAAAUGCUAAACCGCCACAUGUUAUUGGAGCUGAACGGAAAGGGUUUCAAAACGAGAAAAUAACACUGGAAUGUCCAGUGCUGUCAAACCCAGAACCGCUUGUUCGAUGGGAAAAGGAUGGAGAAGCGAUUGGUGAGACGACAGCAACAAGAGUUCUAGAGUGAAACAAAACAUUUCAGCUCCAAGCAACAGCACACAAUUUGAUGGAAACAACCUCAUUCUAGAGCCGCUCAACUUGGAGCACUCCGGAAAAUACCGAUGCAUCGCGGAAAACUCUUUCCCACUAUUCGUAGAUGGGCCUUCAAUGCCGCAUCUACUUCAAUACGAUCAAACUGUCAAAGUUCUAUGA